AUGAGUCUAGGUCAACCCAUUGAAGAGCUUCUUGUUGUUCAGAAAAAUCUUCGUGUUCUACCAUCUAGGUUUAGAGCAAAGAAAACCGCAAUCAUGGAGGUCCAAAAUUUAAAUGAAAUUAAGCUUGGCAAGCUUGUAGGAAAAUUGAAAACCUAUGAGAUGGAAUUGAAUAUGGAAGAAAAUGACUCCAAAAAAUCAAAAAAGGUUGCACUUCAAGGAGUGCAUGUUUCCUCUCUGAAAGGUGGUGAAAAUCCUCAGGUUUUGAGGAUGAGAUGGCCUUGUUUGUCAAAAAAUUUAGGAGAAUUCUUAAGGAUAAGGGAAAGUUUGCUAGAGAGGGCAGCUCUGGUAGUGAGAAAAAGUUUUAGACCAUCAACUGAUCGGUUUAAUGAGAGGAAUAAGGAUGUCAAACCUUUCACGAAAGAUUUUAGAAAAUCUGUCAAGUGCUUCACAUGUGGAGGCAUUGGACACUAUGCUGCUGACUGUGCAAACAAUCAGAAAAAAUACUCCAAAGGAAAGGACAAGGCCAUGAAAGUGAGCUGGAGUGAGAGUGAAAGUGAAGGGCUCUCAAGAGGAUUCAUCUUCCUCUGA